ACACUAGACUGGUCAGCAAGACGCACUGAAAUACCUUCGAGAUCCUUGUAUCCUACAAUACAGUCUUGUCCUCGACGACAGUACUUAAGAUAAUGACUGGACCCUCUGUGUGGACGGUGAGGAGCUGGGUGGUGACGGUGGCGGUGCUGGUACUGACGGAGGAAACCCACCUCGCUAUGGCCGCCGGCAGGAACAACAAGGUGGUGUGUUACUACUCCUCCUGGGCCCACUACAGACACGGGGCGGCGCAGUACAGGGUGGACGACGUGCCCGUGGAACUGUGCACACACGUCAUCUACGCCUUCGCGGUUCUGGACGCCAACUCUCUCACCACCGUCGAGCACGACCCUCACCUGGACAAGGACCAAGGACUAGCCAACUACCGCCGCUUCCUGCGUCUGCGUUCACGGAACCCCCAAGUGAAGCUGCUGCUGGGGCUGGGUGGCUGGACGGACUCCAGGAGUGAUAAAUACUCCCGGCUGGUGUCCAACUCACAGCGUCGCGCCGCCUUCACCGCCCACGUCGUCCGUUUCCUCCAAGAUUAUGGCUUCGACGGCCUCGACCUAGACUGGGAGUACCCCGCCUACCAGAGUUCCGCUGCAGACAAGGAAGGUUUCCGUCUGUGGGUGGAAGAACUACGAACUGCCUUCAGUCCUCGCGGCCUCCUGCUGACAGCUGCCGUGUCUGCCAGUAAGAGCGUAAUUGACCGUGGCUACGACGAACCAGCCGUGGCCACAGCACUGGACCAGAUUCACCUCAUGACCUACGAUUUUCAUGGGUCAUGGGAAAAGCAGGUGGCUCAUCAUGCCCCACUCUUCCCCGUGCCCGGACAAUCCCACCAAUUUUCCGCUGACUUUGCUGUCAACCACUGGAUCAAGAAAGGGGCACCACCGGCCAAGUUGGUGCUGGGUGUCCCCUUCUACGGCCGCUCAUGGACGCUGGCGGGCAGCGAUGCGUCCACUGGGGCUGCAGCGUCAGGUCCAGGCCGUCCAGGACCUCUCAUGAAGGAUUCCGGGUCUCUGGCCUACUACGAGGUGUGUCUGGCUCACGAGCGGGACGGCUGGACGAAAGUGUCUAGCGGAGAAGCACCUCACUUGACCAGUGACGACCAGUGGGUGGGAUACGACGACAUCGACACCGUCACUAGGAAGGCUCAGUACGCCCUCAAGAAGGGUCUGGGCGGCGUCAUGAUCUGGGACAUCGCCAUGGACGACUUUCGGGGCUCCUGCAGCGCCGGAGUCAACCCACUACUCUCCGCCAUCUCCAGGACCCUCAGGGGCGCCUCGGGCUUAAGGCUCACAGGACCACCAACUACAGUAAUGCCAACUCGCCCUCGGCCUAUCAUACCUACACACCCGGAGCCUCCACGAUCCAUCACAUCUCGCCCAAGACCCACCACGGCCUCUCCCACCAUGCAGCUCAACUUAGCAGAGUGUAGACGUCUAGAGUACACGGCGGACCUUGUCAACUGUGACCACUUCUACCGCUGUAUCAAUGACAAAGUCUUCCACUUCCAGUGUCCAAAAGGCCUCCACUGGCGCCAGAGUCGCGCCUCCUGUGAUUGGCCCAAGGCUGCCCUCUGUAAGGCCCGCUCGGUCACGUGAACCAGGCUGUGGUCCUCUGUCCCUACGGCCCGACUGACCUUCAGCCGGAUUUGACCCGAGAAACUAAGGGUCAUGGGCCUCCUCUAUCAGCUCCUGUGAUCUGCAGUGACUUACCAAGAGUGUUGAAGACUACAGUAGUAAGGCUGAAAGUACAGUACUUUCCAAAGAAACCAACAGACUUUAAGAAGUAUCAUACUUCAAGUAUUGUUCUGAAACUGUCAGUGUGAGAAAGUCAGGCGGGAACUGUCUUCCUCCAGCUGUCAGAGUGAGGUUAUCAAUCUUCAUCAAGUUACACACAGUAGAUUUUAAUAAUAUAAAACACUUCCUGCUGUCGAGGAAAACAAUUAUUUUGCUUAUUUAAUAUGGUGUCAGCUAUUUAUAAACAUUUAUUAUCAGAAGAACAAAGUUUACAACAUUUGUUAUUUAAUAUUUUGAUAAUUGACUGAAUGAAUAAAAUUGUUUAAACUAG